AUGCCGCCACCCGCUCCCACGCCUCUCUCUGCGAACAACACCUACUUCUCCUCGCGUCACCCUAGAAAGCUAAUGACUCUCCGUCCGAAUACCUGGUUCGCCGUUGAGACGUUCGUCGAGUUCAUCCUUGUCUCUUACCUGAUCUGGGCGUUGUUUUACUUUAUCUACCUGUGGAUUUGUGGUGCUGUGUGGAUGGUGAAGGGGCUGAAAAACAUGAUUGGGAGACGAAGAGGCGGGACAAAGUGGAGUGAGGAACGGCGAUCGGAAAACAUGAAAGACAAGGUGCCAGAUACGACCGGAGAGCAAUCAGGGUCUGCGUAUAACGAGAUGGAAGAGAGGAACGUCGAAGAUGAUCUUGAUAAGAAGAGUUGGAGGGACGCUGUAACAUAUGGGGAUGACACGGGACGUGAACGACGCAUGACAGUGUGA